UGGAAGUGUCAGAGUGUCAACAACGGCCAGGCAGCAGCACAGCAGCACUGUCCGGAGCAGGGAGGGGGGAGUGAAGACGCUCUUUAAACAUCGGAACAUUUGUCCGAGAUGGGGGAUGAUCGACCUUUUGUAUGCACUGCCCCUGGAUGUGGGCAGAGAUUCACAAAUGAAGACCACCUGUCAGUCCACAAACACAAGCAUGAAAUGACAUUAAAGUUUGGUCCUGCCAGAACAGACUCUGUGAUCAUCGCAGACCAGACCCCAACACCCACACGUUUUCUGAAGAACUGUGAGGAGGUUGGGCUAUUCAAUGAACUGGCCAGCUCCUUUGAACAAGAGUUUUGUAAAGCACAUGAAGACGAGCAAAGGACAAAACACCCGGUGAGAAAGUGGAUGAAUGCUGCACCUUUACAAACACCAUCUGAAGUGAAAAAUGAGAAUGAGGGUCCUUUACAAGUUGAUUCUUCUUCUCCCGGAAGUCCAGAUUCCUCUUCCAGCAUGUCAGAUGACAGUAGAGACUCAAGGGUGAGAGGCAAGGAUGUUCUCACAAAGCCUGUGGCAAACUCUGCCCCCACUCCAACCAUUGUGCGUCCAGGUUCUCUUCCUCUUCACCUGAGUAAUGACCCACUUCACCCGACUCUGCCAUCUCCAACAUCUGUCAUCACACAAGCUCCACCUUCCAACAGACAGCUUGGCUCCCCAACAAGCUCUUAUCCACUGGUGAGGCACCUCCCCAAUGGGCAGACAGUCUCUCUCCUGCCCAGUCCUGUGCAGAUGACCUCAGUUAUAUCUCUUGCGAGGCCAGUUAACUCAGUGCCUAACAUCCCUGGGAUUCCAGGGCCUCCAGUUGGCGGGGCCAGCAGUGGGUCAUCCUCCCCGUCUGGGUAUAGUCUGCACUCUGAGACCAAGAUGCGGCUGAAAGCAGCUCUAACUCAUCAGGGCACAGCAGCACAAGAUGGGGCUGCAGGAUCCAUCCCUGCUGUCCCCCAGCGGCAAGAACAAAGCCACCAACCAUCUCAAAACUCUGAUGCACCGUCACCUGCCCAGCCCCAGGUGUCCCCUGCUCAGCCAACAGGAGGCCGGCGGCGGCGGGCUACAGAGAUGGACCCUGACGAGAGGAGGCAGCGUUUUCUGGAGAGAAAUCGCGCCGCUGCCUCCCGCUGCAGGCAAAAACGAAAGCUGUGGGUCAACUCUCUGGAGAAGAAGGCUGAUGAUCUCGCAAACAUGAAUGCCUCCCUGACAAAUGAAGUAACUCUACUGAGGAAUGAGGUGGCGCAGCUGAAGCAGCUCCUCCUGGCCCACAAAGACUGCCCUGUCACCGUUAUGCAGAAAAAGGCAGCUUUCUUAGCUGCAGGAGGAGAGGAAACCUCUAGGGAUACUUCAACUGAAGCCAUCGGCUCCCCGGCGGCAGUAAUCCAGCACGGGCCGUCACCCCCCGCCUCGGCCUCCAGUCCAGGGGCCACCAUCAACGGGCUUAGCGUCCGCGCUGCAGAGGCGGUGGCUAUGUCAGUCUUGGCCGGCAUGGGGUCGGGCCAGCCGGGAGGGAUUGUCAUGGCGACGCAGUCACAGUCAGCCCCAAGAUGAUGUGCUGACGUGGGUAGCCAGUAUAAACUCGAGUGGCAUUUGGAGGCCGGACUGGUGCAAAGCGUUUGAAAAGAGGGACCUGCCCUCUAUCCCCACCCCAGACUAAGAUACUCUCCUCCCCUCACAGCCAAUGAUAAUCACACAAAGACACGGCGCAGUGCCUCCAUCAACCCUCCAGUCAGCAGGCUCCCUGUUCAGAGAAGCUUCAUCGCUCUCUGUAUGUAAAUAUGAAUAACAUGUCGGACACUCACUCUGCUGGGUUUGGGGUCAUUUCUUGUUCAUUUAUGACAGUUGUAACAGAUUUUAGAUUGGGGUGAAAAAAAUGAAUGAAAAUGUCCAAAUCAUGUAUCAUUUAUUUUCAUUUCACUUAAAAAUGCAGCUUCAGUCCAACUUUGUCCCCACACACUGGCCGUGAUAAGGUUGGUUGCUUUCCAGGCUGACAUUUUUUCUUGUAUUUUUAAUUUGUAGGAAAAGAAUUUUAUGCCUGAUACUGGUCAUUGACAUCACAUUUUGCUGAUGCAUUGAAAACAUGGUGAGAGAUUGGCUGGCAGAUUGCAGUAAACGGCAGCCUGGAAAGAGUUUCUUCUUCUUUACUUUUCAACCUGUCCUUUGGUUUUCUGUCUGUGUUUCCUUUCUGAGUUAAUUCUCCUUAAAUACACAUGAUGGUUUAGUCAGCCGGGUGCAUAACAAACCAAAUUGUAGAUGUGUACACAGUUUACCCUGUGAGUGUGUGCCUGACUUUUUUACCACCCUUUCUAAGCCAUUUGAAUGGAUGUCAUUACAUUAGUCGUGUAUGUAUCAAAUCCUAUUGACUGCAUGGAUUACUCAAGGCUGAAGAAUACCACUGUUCGUUUGUGCUUCAUCGUACUAUCACUGUUUGUUUUGCUUUUCUUCUAUUUUAUAACAUGAAAUUAUUGAUGCAUAAAUUGUCCUUGUUAUGUAAGGAUUCCAUCCUCAACCCUAAUGUAACACACUUGAAAUGGUUAGCUUUAGACGGCCUUUAAAUGAUAAUCAGACUUAAUUUUAAUAAUUUACCCUGCCAUUUAAGUUGAGGAAAGAGUAGUGCAAUAUAUUUUUCUAUUGAAUAUCAAUGUUCAUGCGUUUAGCUGACAUGUAUAGUCCAGCCACUGAGAGGGGUUUGGUCUAUUUCAGUUGAAAGCUACAGUUAUGAGGUGUCAAGAGAAAAUGUGAAGAUGAGUAUUCUUGAAUGAAUGAGAUUGGUGAUUAGUGUACAUCUGUCGAGAAUUACAGUUGUCCUAGUCUUUUAUCAUGAAGUAGAGUUCAGACUUGUGCAAGGUGCUUCUUUUGAAAUUUAAGUUUUAAAAUGCAAAUUAUUUUGUACCGCAUUGUACUUCCAAGACUAUCAUGUUGGUUUUUUCCCUUGUCACUCUUUUUUUAUAACGUCAUUGUUUUAAGAUGUUUAUUUUUCUCUAUGGAAAUGUUAGGCUUUUUCCAUUGUGUGAUAGUAUGUCCCUUUAUUUUGUUUAAGAGGAUAGAUGUCUUUUACAUGUUUAACAGAGGUUGAACCACGCGAAAAAAAAUGUCUCGAAGAUUUCUGUAUGGAGUGAGUUUGUCGAAUACUCAGGCCUCAAGAUGGGAAAAAUUACUUGUGUAUAGUCUCAACUAAUGAAUAAGUUGUCUCGGGCAAAUAAUAAA